ACUGUUUUGAGUUUUGUUCUGAAAAUUGGUUAGGUAGAACCGAGUAUUAAUGCAGAGGGAAGCCAUUUAACUUAAAAUAAAGCAAUUGCAACUUUCAGCAGGUUGUGACGAUUAUAUUUUGAUUCGAUUCGUUUUGGAUUUGACAAAGUAUAUUUGUUAAACUUAGCCAUACGAAACCUGUUGUAGCAGGUACUCAUUAAAAGCGGAGGUUUAAACAUGUUUUAUGUUGUAAUGAAGUCAAGAUGAAAAUAAACUCAGUUUCAUUGUAAGAUGAUUAAAAACCUGCUGCUGACUGAAAAUGAAUCGACUGUGAGUGGUCCUCAUGGGGUGUUGUGAGCGGAGAAAAACGUUUACUUAUAUUUAAAUAUUUGUGCUUUAUCGUAUUUUAAUAAAAUAAAGCAUUCUUAGUUUAGCGGGUUGUAAUCAAACUCAGUCCUGCUUAUGAGUGGUUAAAAUAAACUCGUGAAGGUGACAUUGGUAGCCUCCAUUGACUCUGUAAAGUUCUUUAGUUUAAUUGGUUUCCAACUUUGAAUUAUGAACUCCAACUUCCUUCUUCGGCGUCAGGUUUACCUGUUCUUAGUGGUAAACAUUAAAGUCUUCUGAGAAAUUCAAGUUUACCCUUUUUUUCACUUUUAUCUACCCAAUGUGUGUGUUAACUGUAAAAGAAAAUAGUACACGGGUGAAGAUUGGUACACAAAAUUCUAAUAUAAGUAUAAAAAUAUGGAAACACAACAAGCGGCACCCUCAAUGUGCAAUGCAACAUUUUAAUUGGCACAUUCAAAUGUAUACAAGACUGUAGAAUUUGUGCGGGCACCAUCGUGAGGAACAGGACCAUCAGCCUGAGUGUCUGCUCAGGGAGUGAUAAUGCCUACAGACAGAGAGCCCACAGUGACAGCCAAACUACUGCAGCUCAUCUUCCUCUCCACCUUCUGGGGCAUGCAGAUCUGGGUCACCUUCAUAUCAGGCUUUGUGAUGGACAAUAAUCUGAACAGACACACAUUUGGAUUCAUCCAGAGUCGGCUGUUCCCUUUCUAUUUCCAUAUCGGCUCUGCCUGUGCAUUUUUCAAUCUUACUAUAUUUGCCAUUUACCAUCCUAGUGACCUGCUAGAUGACAAGGAGGCCUUCCAGAUUCUUAUUUUCUUUGUGUGUGUGACGGUGGCAGCUAUAAAUGCACAGUGGUUUGGUCAGAUGACAUCGGAGAUCAUGGCUGAAAUGCACCUAAUUGAGCAAGUCUGCGGUUUGGGCCAGGACAUAGGUCUCUCCUCCAACUGGGAGGCCUACUCAAAGCUCUGUGACUCUGACCCCAAGUACAAGAAGCUGAGCAACCAUCUUUGGCUCUAUCACUCCCUCUCCUCACUCUGCAACCUCUGCUGCUUGGUCUGCAAUGGUUUCAGCCUGUACUACCUGGCUGAGAAUAUGACUGCUCUAUAAUAAUGCUCCUCCUUGUGCCUUCUGAGCGAUUGUGCAUGAGGGACGUUUCACACCUGCACCAUUCAAAAACACCACACAAGACAACCAAAAGAAAGAUUACAUAAUGCCACACUGCAAGCCAUAUGUAAAUUUUCCUUUGUUAUGCCUUAUUUUUUUCUGUUGAGGUUCACAGGGGAAAUACCUUCUAGGGCAGGUAGAUUCUAUCCUUAUUUUUACAGUAAAGUUUGAUAUUCCGCUUGUGAGCCUAUUAUAACAGAUUUUUCUGGGGAUAGGAUUUAAAUGUAGUUUUUCAAACAGACCCAUUUUAUUUUUGAUUUUUAACUUGUAUAACUUUUAAUUGAGGAAAUCUUACCUUUAGGGUCUUUAAGAAUACAGCCAUGUGUUGCAAAGUAGUGGUUUCCAACCCUGGUCUUGGGGUUUCUAUGUUUCUGUUUUUUUGUUCCAUAGGCCAAUUUAAAUUUUCUUUUUAAGUCAAACUUCAAAUUUGCUUUGAGCUCUUUACAUUUUCAGUGUUAUUUUAUAACAACCCCGUUCCAAAUUCUGUGCAUCACAAUUCCCCUUAUUCAGUUGUUACCUGUAACAACCAAAUGCACAUAUGCACACUGGAAAAAACAUUUGAUAAAUUGCCUGCUGAUGUUGGAAUAAGGUGUUUCUGAAAACAAACAAGUAGGAGUAAAGUUAGCACAGGUGAUUAAAAGCUCGUUUGUAAUUCGGACUUGCAGACACAGGUCCCACACAACUAGAUUUAUACUGUAGAGCUUGUUGACAGCAUAUAUAUAUAUAGUUACUUUUUAAGUGCCAUUGCAUUUAUUGAAUAGGAUGUGAUUAAUAUCUUCAUCUCUUGAACGGUUGUAGGUUGUGAUUUUUUAUAUUAUCCUUAAGAAACUUAAUUUUAAAAGCUAAAAUGAUUACAAUUACUUAAAAUGUGAUUGGUGGAAAAAAAGAGAGGAGAGGAAGUGUACCCGAAAGACUGGGUUUGGGAAUCACAGGCCUAACUGAAUUCUCCCCUAUAAAGCUUUUGUGUGCAUACCUGUUUCACCAUCUCUACAUUCAAUAAUUCUUUUCCAUGUUUAUUGUUUUCAGCUCCAGAAUAAGUGCUGCAUAAUCUUGCCCUGACAUUCCUGAGUGCAGAUGUUGAGGAGUGAUUGCUGAACUCACUUAGUGAAAAUAUAAUUUAAUCUUCCUUGUUUGGAGCUAAUGUUUUUUUUACACCUCUGAUUGGCUGAAUCAGUGAACAGUAAUAGGCUGAUCCAUUUAAUGCUGGACAAGUCCAUCUGCACAUAUUAGAUGGCACUUUUGCUCUGCCUGUUUCUGUGGAAUGUUCAUGUCACGUUCUCCAAAAUAUUCUGCAGGUCGGGUUUUUCGGGUCUGGUUGCAUUUGACCCUUGCUUUGUAUGGUUGCAAUGUCUAUUUUUUUCUGUAGGGGUUUAAUCAUCAUUUGCAUGUUCUACAGUAACACCCAAAAUUUGCUAAACCAAAAGAUUCCCAUACCCUUUGUCAGAUCAGGCAUACAAAUCCUGUUGUGCAACACAGUGUAUGGUAUUUUUCUGGAGGCACUCGCAAGAACAGGACUGGUAUAGAACUGUCAUACAUAAGCAAGUGACAGAAAGCAAUUGUAACAAAAUGGUAAGCGUAGAACUGCAAAGACACCUGCUACAGGGCCUGAUUCAGAUAUUCGGGAAGAAGCUCCUGUAUGUACCACAGGUAAAAAGUUAAGUAAUAAUAAUAAUUAAUAAUUGCUUACACUUAUAUAGCGCUUUUCUGGACACUCCACUCAAAGCGC